AUUUCUUAAAAAUGACUGCAGGACACACACAAGAUCUUUGUUCACAAGUCGAGGUCACUAUCCAAAUCCAUCAACAUUCUUACCAAACUCAAAUCCAACGUCCCAACUUCUUCUUCUUCUUCUUCCUUCUGCAACUCAAUUAUUCACUCAAUUUCUAAAAACCGACUCCAUUUUCGGACCUUUUGAAGAAUCAUUUUCAGGGUUUGAGUCCAAUUACUGUUGCCGGGACACACUUUCCGACUGCCCUCAAUUUUCUGAUUUCCCCUUACGAUCCUAAUCCUAUGUCUCCGAACUUUGCCUCAUUUUUAGUUCGUGGGUUUUCAGGUUUCAUUUUCUUAAAAGCUGAAUUAUCUCGGAGAUAAAAAGGAGGAGAGAAUGAAGAUGAGGAACAGAUACAGGAAAUCAACUACUUUACGUUGCCAUACAGGGAGCAGAUGUUUGAUAUCUGUGGUAAUUGGGAGUCUAAUGGGGUGUAUUCUUCUGCUGAAUUUAUAUUCCGCUAAUAGUCGUAAGGAUGAGAUAGGUCAGGGUAUUCAACUUCGAACAAGUCAUCACCUUCACUUCCGUGAACUUGAAGAGGUGGAAGAAGAAAACAUUCAAAUUCCCCCUCCCCGUAAGAGAUCUCCACGUGCAUCAAAGCGAAGACCAAAGAGAACGCCGACACUGAUUGAUGAAUUUCUUGAUGAAGAUUCACAGCUUAGACACAAAUUCUUUCCUGAUCAUAAAACUUCUGUUGAUCCAAUGAUGACAGGAAAUGAUAGUAUGUUCUAUUAUCCGGGGAGAGUUUGGCUGGAUACUGAAGGUAAUCCCAUUCAAGCUCACGGAGGUGGAGUGUUAUUAGAUGAAAGAUCUGAAACAUACUAUUGGUAUGGAGAGUAUAAAGAUGGCCCCACCUACCAUGCUCACAAAAAGGGAGCUGCAAGGGUUGACAUUAUAGGAGUCGGUUGCUACUCUUCCAAAGACUUGUGGACCUGGAAAAAUGAAGGCAUUGUUUUGGCAGCGGAAGAAACAGAUGAGACCCAUGAUCUUCACAAAUCCAAUGUGCUCGAGAGGCCUAAGGUAAUCUAUAAUUCAAGGACGGGAAAAUAUGUAAUGUGGAUGCAUAUUGAUGAUGUAAACUAUACGAAAGCUUCUGUUGGUGUUGCCAUCAGUGAUUACCCAACCGGGCCAUUCGAUUAUCUCUACAGCAAAAGACCCCAUGGAUUUGACAGUAGGGACAUGACAAUCUUCAAAGAUGAUGAUGGUACAGCCUAUCUCAUUUACUCAUCUGAAGACAAUAGUGAGCUUCAUAUAGGACCUCUCUCAAAAGAUUAUCUCGACGUGACCAAUGUAGCGAGAAGGAUUCUCAUCGGCCAACACCGAGAAGCACCAGCUUUGUUCAAACAUCAGGGAACUUACUAUAUGAUCACAUCAGGGUGCACGGGAUGGGCACCGAAUGAGGCAUUGGCACAUGCAGCAGAGUCGAUAAUGGGUCCAUGGGAGACAAUGGGAAACCCGUGUAUAGGAGGAAACAAGAUGUUUCGACUGGCUACAUUCUUUUCUCAGAGCACAUUUGUUCUUCCCCUACCUUCAUAUCCCAGCUUAUUUAUUUUCAUGGCAGACCGAUGGAACCCUGCCGAUCUUAGAGACUCGAGGUACAUUUGGUUGCCAUUGAUGGUUGGGGGACUAGUGGAUCAACCCCUUGACUACAAUUUUGGCUUUCCUUUGUGGUCAAGAGUGUCUAUAUAUUGGCAUAGGAAGUGGAGGCUUCCUCAAGGCUGGAAUCCAUUGAAAUGAUUUGAAUUGUUCUCAAAUCUCCCCCUCGAUGUACCAUAUUCAAGGCCUUUGUUUGAUUCUUUCGGUGUCCCACAGUUAUUCAAUAAUGUUCACUAGUUCAUAUUAUAGGCACAGAAUAUUACUGUUGAGAGAAUUUAUACGUUUUUUACCUUUUAAUUAAUAAUGAUGAUAGUAGGCUGGCUUCUAAUUUUA